AUGAAUCCGAAGAAGGCCAAAGUUCCUGCUGUAACUCCCGAGGAGGAUUAUGGUGAUAGAUGGAUGAGACUGAUCUGGAACAAUGAUCUUUUGACGAAAAUAUUUAUCCUGUUACCUGCAAAAUCUAUUAUCCGAUGCAAGUUAGUAUGCAAACAUUGGCUCUCACUGAUGGGACUCUUAUAUGUUUAUAAUCCGACCACUAAGCUGUCAAGAAAGAUCAGUGUUACCGAUUCCUAUAGGGACAAUAUUGUGGCACUUGCCUUAAUUUUUGAUCCUUCGAUGUCGCUCCACUACAAGGAUGUUUGCAUUAAGUCAACCUCAGAGGAUCGCAUCAUCGUCUUAAGGCUUAAAUUGUGUGGUGGAUACGGGGGUGUGUAUUGUAAUGGCUGGAUAUACUGGGAGAUGUUGGAUGCAGUCGUCUACUAUGAUAUUGCUAAGAAUGAAUUCGAAUCUAUAUUAAAGCCUAGUUAUUCAUCUUACCAGUACCAGCUAAGAAUGGUACAUUGGGAUACCACUUACUGUCUCCAUGAGGCAAAUGGUCGUCUAUACAUAUCUAGAUGUCUCACAAAGGCUAACGACUGUCUCUCAGUUGAGUUGUUUGAGUUGGAGAUGGGCGAAGGUCGAUCUUUGUCGUGGUUCUUGAGGUACUAUGAAACAAUCCCUCAACAUGAACCCACCUCCCCAUUAAAUGGUUAUAUUGAUCAAUUGAGAGUCAUUAAGGGACCAUACGGCACAGAGACGUUCAGUGUAGUGUAUCAUAUGGGCGGGAAGAUCAGCGUCUAUAGUUUCCUCGACAAGAGCCAUAAUGUGCUCGUUGAUUUGACUGGCCAACCGUUCGUAUGGGGUCCUGAGUUGAAAAUGUAUGAAUUUAUUGCAUGUUUAGCUGUGGUUUGA